AUGUCCGACCAGCAGAUCAUCUUCACCAAGAACGCCCCUGCGGCUGUUGGCCCUUACUCCCAGGCCAUCAAGACCCCCAACAUGAUCUACUGCUCUGGUCAGAUCCCCCUUACUCCUGAGGGUGAGCUCGUUGAGGGUUCCAUUACCGCCCAGACCGAGCAGGCCUGCAAGAACGCCAAGGCCGUUCUCGAGGAGGCUGGCUCCGAGCUCGCCAAGGUCGUCAAGACCACCAUCUUCAUCUCUGACAUGGCUCACUUUGCUGAGCUCAACGCCGAGUACGAGAAGUGGUUCUCCCACAAGCCUGCUCGCAGCUGCGUUGCCGUCAAGACUCUCCCUAAGAACGUCGAUGUUGAGAUUGAGGUCAUUGCUCUUCCUUAA